AUGUUGCAACAGCUUCAAUUAUUGAAGAAACGGACAGCAAAACAGGAAUUAACGUCUCGUGAUGAUAAGCAAUUCCGUCAAGAUGGCCGCAAAGUAUUUAAAGAAGUGUGUCCAUUGGUUGCGAAAAUUAUUUCUACGCAAUUGGAAAAGAACAUUGCAGAAGCGGAUCCUGAUUUGGUACCAAUCAUUUUAGAUGAGUUUGCCAAUACGUCUUCAGCAGGUGUGAUCAUUGCAUUACAUCGUAGUGCGGAUCAGGUGAAUGAUGGCGAAUAUGGUGUGCUCUCUUCCCUGAAAAAGGAGGAGUCAUACGCUUAA